AUGAACUCUCUGCCCAACGAACCAAAAACAGAACACUUUCUAAAAACUUCCAGGUGGAUUGAUCCGGCGGAGAGGGACGGUGGCGCAAAGCCAAUUGGCGGCACGCUGAUGCUCAUGGCACCGGAGGUGGCGCGUGGGGAAGUACAGGGGUGUGCAGCUGAUAUUUGGGGAUUGGGAUGUACAAUUAUUGAAAUGGCCACCGGUAGAUCACCAUGGACUAAUGUGACAAACGCAGCUUCAUUGCUUUACAGAAUUGCAUUUUCUGGGCAAUCCCCAGAAAUUCCAAAAUUUCUAUCCUUACCAGCAAGAAAAAGAUGGACAGCUAAAGAGCUCCUCAAACAUUCAUUUCUAGAAGAAUCUAAUUUGAAUUCUAUGUCAGCAAAUCAAGAUUUUAUGACGAGCUCUCCAACAAGCAUUCUUGAUCAAGACAUAUGGAAUGAAUCAGAAAUUGUGGAUUCUACAAUAUUCCAAACAGUUAGCUCUCCACUGCAAAGAAUAAGACAAUUGGGUUUGAAUUCAGGAGAAUUGAAGUGGAGAUGGAAUGAUGAUGAGAGGUGGAUCACAGUUAGAAGCAACUGUAGUUAAUAACUGUUAGUAAACUGUAUUGAAAACAAAUGAUGAAACACCAAUAAUAAAUUCUGAAAUAAAAGAUAGAACCAGAACAGAAAAUAAGAACAGUGUUUGGUAAAAUUAUGUAAGAACAAGAAAUCGAGCCCACUGAAUGCACAGUGUGUCAUUAAGGAAAUUA